GCUUCAAAUAAUCCUGGUUUCCCUGAAGCCCGCCAUGCAGAACUGUGCCUCCUGGACCUGAUUUCCUUUUGGAAGCUGGACCUGGCCCAGCGCUACAGGGUCACCUGCUUUAUCUCCUGGAGCCCCUGCUUCAGCUGUGCCCGGAAGGUGGCUGAAUUCCUUCAAGAGAACCCACACGUGAACCUGCGCAUCUUCGCUGCCCGCAUCUAUGAUUAUCACCCAGGAUAUGAGGAGGGGCUGUGCAGGCUGGGCUGGGCUGGGGCCCCAAUUUCCAUGAUGAAAUACAGCGAGUUUAGGCACUGCUGGGACACCUUUGUGGAUCACCAGGGAUGCCGCUUCAAGCCCUGGAAGGGACUAAAUAAGCAUAGCCAAGCCCUGAGUGGGAGGCUGCAGGCCAUUCUCCAGCACCAAUCAUCUAUUUCCAACAAUUUGGGAAGAAGAAUUGCAAUUCAGCAUGUACAUAAGGAACAAAGGGAAGGUUAAAGAUUUUAUAACAAGGAGAAAUAUUUCUGUUCCUCUUUCAGAAAGUUCAUGCGCCCUAGGAAGGGUUGGAGCUGGCAGGUUCCAUUGAUGAGCCACUGUAGUAGGCAUCGUGAGCUCAAGAGUUGCAGCAAUUUAUCUCAGAAGUUGUAGGUGAAGCUGGUUUCAGGGUACAGGAUGAGCAGUUUCAGCCAUCAGGCUCGUGGAAGCAAUAUUCUGUAGCCUAAGUGCUUUCCCCUAUUGGCUCCUGGCCUCUGUUUUAGUUGGGCAUGACAAGAAUGACCUAAUGCUUAGCAUCAGUUCUUACAAAAGAUGUUUCUCAAAACUUAACUUUCACACUUAUGUAUAUUUCUACUACUCAUUUAUAUUCAGUUCAAUGACAAGAUUCAGGUAUGUUGGGGAGAUGGAAGGAGCCAGGCUAGUGGGCCCCAGGAUGGGAGGAAGGAGUCUGGGGGUGUCGGAUGGAGGUUGCUCUGGAGGCAGAAACAGCCUCUCACUGGCAGGUUGGGGAAGUGUGGAGGAGGCAGCGGUGUUGGGCACUGAGGGGCGGUACUUAGGGCAGGAGCAGCUCAGAAGGCCCAGGCAGGGGUGAAUCUGGUACAGGACAGAGGGAAGGCAUGAGGAGGCUGAGCAGGAGCCAAGAGGAGCGAGGGGAUCAGCUGCGAGGCUACCCUUCAGCUUGGGGACCAGAGAUGGGUAGCUUUCAUGCAGUGUCAUGCGAGGCUGACGUGGCUCAUCUCUUUUGUACACCCUCUUCCCAACCACAUUCAAAUUCUGAGAUAAAAGAGGGAAGAAGGCAAUCAGGCCCAACAGACCUCUCUCCCCUGACCCUGGGCCCACCCCUCCAAGAAGUGAUCUCAUGGCUGUCCGUGCUGGCUCAGUCCCUGCAGGCUCCCCUGAGACAUUGUCCCAAUGGCAUCCCAGACUCCCCUGCCCCUCUCAUGCUGUCCCUCCCUCCAAUACACCCCUCAGGCCCUAACCUCUCACACUUCUGUUUUUUUGUU